AUGAAUGACCCAUCGAAAAAUGUGAGUCUAGAAUCUAGAUUAAGCACUUUUAUCCGAAUAAACAAUCGUACAAUAGCCUGGCCGGGACUGAACAUGAACGUCUCGGGCCCAACAGGCUCGAACUUUUUUUUUUUUCCAAAAAAUUACAAAAAUUGUUCAAACGUGGCGGAACGAUAGAUCGCAAGUCAAAGAAAAAUGCAUUCAAAGUGAAACCUCCGAGUCGAUCGCGCAAAAAAAGCUAAGCGCAGCAUUCUGCAAGUCUGCAAAUAAUAUGUUUUUUUACGUUCUUCUCAUUUUUUUACGUCAAAAAAUCCAAUUCGACGAUGUAACAAACCAAACAAAAAUAUCCGCUGAAUUACCCCAUAAGUGUAGUAGUGGAGUUGUUCAGUGUAUGUAUUGUUCGUUUUUCUACGUCUAAAAUGUUGAUUCAGCAAUGUAAAAUAACGUAAGCAUACCAACAACAAAAAGCAGACUUGCAAAAUUCCGAAUCGGCACGCUGGGCGCCCUUUGCAAGUCUGAAAAAAGACAAAGACUACGCACAAUUUUCGCGUUUGCAGGUGUCUGAAGAGGAACUCGAGAAACAGUACGAAGACUAUCGUGCCCAAUUCGAGUUAUGGAAGGAAACCAAUAAGUGCUGACAAGCUAAUCUUAUUCAAGUUUGCUAAUUUUGCUUCUUCUACCAGGGGAUCAAUCGGAACAGAUGCCUAUAAUUCAUACGUCAGUCAAUUCGAACAAUGGGAACAGGAGGUCGAAACAAGAAAAAAACAGGUAAUUGUGAGCGUAAAUUUAUUGCAUUAAUCGUUAAUUAUUCCAGCAGAAAACUCAACGGAAAGGUGUUCCUCAGCUUUUGAACGAAAAGGAAGCCGAAGCUGUGGCAGCAUAUGCACUGUCUCAAGAAGCGUAUGUUUCGCAUCACGUUAAAGCAAUGGAACAAGCAGAGCACCAGCAACGAGUCGCUGCUGCAGCAGCUCGACAACUCUUUGCUAAAAAAAUGGCAGUUCGUCAGACAGGUACACUAUAUUUUUCAAUUAUUUUUCUUCGUGUUCACUUCAUUCACAAUUUAUCUUUGUUCCUCUCGGUCUUUGUAGACGAGCAAAAAUUUCUAAAUACGGUGAUUUUCAUGUGGUGUUAUGAGGCAAAAUGAUUGAAUACAGUCAAUGAAUUGGCCAAUCACAUAAAUGCCACGAGGCGGUCACGAAUAGUUGAUUUUCAGGCGACAAUCCUGCUACAUCGGAAUUGUUCAUGCGUGGUAUGGUAAACGGUAGUGGGAGCGGAGCUAUACCUGCAGGUACCUAGUGAAUAUAAUACCGAACAGGUGAGAAUUUCCGAAUUCCACAUUCUAGCUGGCUUAACUCAUGCGGCAGCUCAGAACUUCACUGCACCCCCUACUUUGUGGGGGACUCCAAAGCCCGUUUAUGGCACAAGGGUAAGAGAAUGUAUAUCGCUCGAAAUUAGUCGUAUUGUUUGCAGGAUCCGUUAUACUCGAGGUGGGGAGGACGCGCAGCAACAUCUCACUUCAAACCUGAUCAUGAACAACCAGUGGUGAGUGAAUCUCCGAAACUUUUCUGAAAAAACUCUUUCUUUAUGAACUUUUAUGAAAAAAAGUUUUUAAUUGUCCGACUGAGCAGCUGAUCGUAUUUCCGGGACACUGUCUCGAAUUGUCAAAUGAUAUUGACAUAUAAAAAAUAACAUACUUCUCGUGGUUUCGACUGAUUUUUACUUGCACUGAUCGGGUUUUAACACUGAGAUUUAAACUUGUCACAGGCCAUGCCGACCCCUUCACUCGUUAUUAAUCUAGAUAGCUAAUUCGCGUUUAUAACCGACCCUAAUUAGAUUGCUAAUUUACUGGGAUUAGAUUGCAUAUUCUUCUAAAUAAACUGAUAAAUUUUCUAAUUAGAUUGACAAAACAAAAUUAGCCUAAUUAGAUUGAUAAAGAACUGAUAUUAGAUGAAGUAUGACUUAUACUGUAUGAGUUUAAUUAUAUGAAUUGUGAAUCUAAUAUCAGUUCUUUGUCAAUCUAAUCAGACAAAUUUUGUUUUGCCAAUCUAAUUAGAAAAUAUAUCAGUCUCUUAGAAAAUAUAUCAAUCUCAAAUUAUAUCAGUUUAGUAGCUAGAAAAAUUUUCAAUCUAAUCGCAGUAAAUUAGCAAUCUUUGUUUUGUCAAUCUAAUUUGAAAAUUUAUCAGUUUAUUUAGAAGAAUAUAAUUAGGGCCGGGUAUAAACGCGAAUUAGCUUGCUAGAUUAAUAACGAUUUCCCUGACCUGUGAGCCGAUCAAUUGUAAAAUACUUUCGGGACAUUAAAAAAAAAACUGUGCUCCACAUAAAUAUUUGUCCACUAGCGAAAAAAUUUGAGAAACGUGAAAAUGCGAAAUUUCUGAAGCAAAAAUGGAGCACACUGGUAAAUCGAUCAUUGUCUGAACAGGUGAAUUUCGGAUCUAAUCCGAGAGUAACCAGCACCUGACGUGGCGUGAUCAGGUCCGGUUUUCUUCUAAUCAGAUGCGGAAAUCUCCUGAUGCCAAAGUUUAAAAAAAACCGGAAAUCACACGGAUUUUCCUGGGAUUUCCCUUAACUUUGGACGCGGCAUGAUUUAUUAGGGGUGAAUUCGACUGUAAUCGCGCUCUACCGUUCAAGUAAAUCGUUUCUAAUCUAGCUAGCUAAUUCGCGUUUCUAACCGGACCUAGUUAGAUUGCUAAUUUACUGCGAUUAGAUUGCAAAUUCUUCUAUCUAGACUGAUAAAUUUUCUAAUUAGAAUGACAAAGCAAAAUUUUCCUAGUUAGAUUGCACAAACAUUGAUAUUAGAUUCAAAAUUCACCUAAUUACUCUGGCAUUUCGUUAUUAAUCUAACGGCGGCCUAAUAAGAUUGAUAUGACACCUAAUUAGAUUAAUAAAUUGUCUAGCUAGAUUAAUAAAUCUUCUAAUUAGAUUGAUAUGUGCUCAAAUCAAGUUUCACGCCAACCGUCUGCUGGCUCAAAUCUCGAUUGCGCCAAGAAAAAACAGUCCAAUCUAAUUAGGUCGCGUUUAGAUCAGUAACUUUCUAAUUAGAUUAAUAUCGAAUUGCCAGAGUUAGAUUAACCGAGAAAAUUCAAGAAAAGCCCCCCACCUCAGCAGAACCAAUUGCCUCAAAAAUGCCUCUGUUCACAUAAUACAUAAUACGUUUACUUUCAGUUUUUGAUUAAAAUACAUUUUUUGGAAUUUUGUCAACUUGUCGUGCAAAUAAAAACAUAAAAAGACUAUCCCAACCACAAGCAGUUGUUUUUAAAUUCUUAACAAUUUGCUUCAUCCGUACACGGAAAGUGAACUGUGGAAUGGCACAGAGGCAUUCUUGAUCCCAUAAUAAAUCGACCGGUCAAACUCCAAACAAUGUUUAAAGAUGUCCUUCAUUUUUGCUUCAGAAAUGCUUUCUGAAAUUUUUGCGUAUUUCUAUUGACAGUGAGCGUAUGCCUAACAGUAUUGUUUCAGAAUCCCGUAGCUUGUUGGCUGCUUCUUGAUACCCUCAGGGACAAAAAAAUGGUACUCGCACCUCAUUCAAGCAAUCUUCCGCCGUUAUCUGCUACUAAUACAUGA